CGGCACUACAAUUCCCACAAUUCCACGCGGUCUGACCCUGAACGAGUGCGUCCCUUCGCGUGUACGCAGCGAUGAGAGCCGAGUGUUUCUACCCGUAACGGUGAGCAGUUUGACCGCAGGAGAUGUCUCUGCCGGCCGCACACAGCUCAGACGUCAGCAGCCGGAGGCGGAGGCCCGCAGAACCGACGCACGAUCUUCCGUCGGAAAGUGAUCCCAAGCUCAGUCACAACCCGGAACAGAUCCACGACCAGCUGAGCAGAGAUCCCAUGGACACUCUAUCUUCACAGCUGUCAACAUGUCCUGCACUGUGCACAACAAAAUGCAUGCCCGAACAUACAUGUCCGAACCACCGCGCCUGUGACGAUAGCUGGGAAGAGAUCCAAAGAAAGAGGACCAUCAGAGCGGAGAACGAAGUGGAGGCCAACAAACUGGUCAACAACUACAGGUUUGGUUUCAGAAAAUGGAAGAGCCAUGUGACGGCACGUCCGUUUGAGGUCCGCUCAGAAGUUGUGAAAGAGCUGUACUCUGAACUGAACGUCGUUAAACCACAUCCAGGUCGUCUCAUCACAUGUGGAAACAUAGUGUACGUGCUCCUCUUCGGUUGGUGGCUCUCUCUGGCAUAUCUAUUCAUCGGACUCCUCAUGUUCCUCACUAUCACUGGCGUACCGCAUGGUAAACUAUGCUGGAAGUUGUCCUGCUACUUCCUUUGGCCUUUUGGCAAGUCAAUCCAUGAGGUUGGAAAUCCCAUGAGGAGGUGUUGUGAGCAAGCACCUGACUGUGCGUGUAACAUAGACGGGACAGAAGAUAUUUCACCAAUUCUGUUGCCUUCACCCACAGAGGUGCCAAUUCCUGAGCCGCCAGGAAGACCUCUGCACACUCCUUACUGGCAUCGCUUCUCGACCUACGCGUGGCUGCUGCUGGGAUAUCCUCCUCUUGUGGUCAUCCACUUCCUGGCCUGCUUCCUCUCGUGGAUCCUGGUCUUCACUAUCCCAGUUUUUAAGAUGAACGCACGGACACUGCGCAUUAUCCUCCUCUUGGCUCCUGAGGAUGUCUCCGUCUCUACCUGCUCAGAGAGGAAGCAUCCAGUCUAUGAAACCAGAGCCCUGCUGUGCUGCUACCACGCUGCAAACUGGUACUACUACAAGUACACUGUUGAUGGGAUCAACGUGUUCGCUGUCAACCUUCUCCCUUUAGUGAUAGUUGCCAUUGUAAUUGGAUAUAUAGACAGAGAAAACCAAUUUGCCAGCUCUAAUGUCAAGUUUGCCAUAGCAAUCUGCUCCAUCAUACCUCUGUCGUAUUACAUUGGAAUGGGCAUUGCCAGUAUUUCAGCCCAGAGUAACUUUGCCGUGGGUGCCGUGGUGAACGCCACCUUUGGCUCCAUCACGGAGUUGACGUUUUACAUCACAGCCCUACUCAGAGGUCACCGGGAAGCCAAACCGUGUCUGCAGGAGGUUGUUAAGGCCGCUCUGACUGGCACACUGCUCGGAUGCAUCCUCUUCAUCCCUGGCAUCUGCAUGAUAAUCGGAGGGUUGAGACACAGCGAGCAGCGAUUCAACAGUCGCUCCACAGGAGUGAGCUCUGCAUUGCUUUUCAUCUCCGUAGGAGGUGUGUUUGCCCCCACGUUGUUCUCCAAAGCUUAUGGAAAUCUGGUGUGUGAUGCUUGCACCAACUCGCCCGGAGGAAACGGCACAAACAGCAGUCAGUUCGUCUGCCACGACUGCCACUACGAUCUGAGCAAUGGUACAUUGUUCCACAACCACGUUGAGCCCCUGGUGUACACAGUGUGUGCCCUCUUGCCAGCUGCCUACAUCAUUGGUCUGAUAUUUACGUUGAAGACGCACUCCCACAUUUAUGACAUCCAGGUUGGAGAGGGACAGGUGUCGGGCCAGCCUGGCGCUGUGGUCCACUGGUCCCGGUGGAGGUCUCUGCUCAUCCUCAUCAUGGCCACCGUGCUCACGUCUGCUUGCGCUGAUCUCGCCACCGAGCACAUCCAGCCAAUUCUAAACCAGCCCAACAUCUCUCAGUAUUUCAUUGGCGUGACAGUUCUUGCAAUGAUUCCUGAGAUCCCAGAGAUUGUGAAUGGGAUUCAGUUUGCCCUCCAAAACAACAUCAGUCUCAGCUUGGAGGUGGGAAGCUGUAUUGCUGUUCAGGUCUGCAUGCUGCAGAUUCCAAUCCUCGUCUUAUUCAAUGCCUGCUAUGAUGUGGGAUUUGUGCUGUUGUUCGGUGACAUACACCUGUGGGCUAGUAUCUUCAGUGUGAUCCUUGUAAACUACAUCUUCAUGGACGGCAAGUCGGAUUAUUUCCAGGGUACGGCUCUGGUGGUUGUCUACCUUAUUCUGCUGGCUUUGUAUUUCUUUGCUCCAUCUCCACCAGGCUGCUGAAGUCUUUUCAGCCCGACUCACGUGUUUUAUUAAGCUUAAAAAGCAAAUUGAACUCCACUGUAGAUAUGACUUUUUAAUGCAGGGUCAUGGCUACGUGAUUGUGUGUGAAUCCUGACAUAUUUACAAGUAUUUUAUUUCUCAUGCCGGUUUCUAAAUGAAACAGUUUUUCACAUUUUCUUUAAUCUCAGGUAGGUGUUGCAUGAAUAUCUAACCACUGUCAAAUGUAGUUUGAACUGUGCGUCCAACUGAUGUAAAACGUGGUCAAGAAAAAGUAGUUUUACAAUGCAGUUUAAUAAUAUAAUGUUAAGCAUCUGCACUGAUAUUUUGUUUGGGGUAAUGAUAUAAUAUAUUUUGUUGAAAGUUUAACGUCUGUUAAGAGAUAGUGUUUUAUCUAAAACAGUGACGCUAUGGGAAAUGCAGCAUGGCUGGCUGUGUUAAGCAAGAAAAAGAACAAUCUGACAAUACAACAGUUUGAAAAAC